UAUAAGAGGUAUUAUUUUUAGCUCACAAUAUUGUUACUUAAUAUUAUCGCGAAAAACCUUGUUUUGAAUACCUUUCAACUGCCUCCUAAAUUACAUAAUUUUGUCAAAAACCUUGUAUGGAAGUUGCUGAUUAUGGAUCCGUGAUCGAACACGAUUGGUUAUAAAAAAAAUCAAGACAUCGAAAGUCAAAUAUCAAACUUCAACUUUGAGACUGAAAUCUUUUGGCACCUUUGGCAACAUGUGCAUGUAAUUCAACACGUUGUUGAUCGAGGAUCGAGGAUGGACGAAAUCAAAAUCUUAUUAAGUAAUGCCAUUGAUCUAAUGGAACAGAAUAACAGAGGCGUACAGUUGAGUUGUUAUUCUGUCGCAUUAGUUGGCUUGAGCAUCGCCAUAAGGAGGGUUCGCCCUUUUAGUAGGUUUAGAAAACCUUCAGAUAUCCCUAACCACUUUAUCCAAGAACGUAAAGAACUAACUGGGGUUGUGGAACGCAUUGAGCCCAAUGGGGCUCUUCUCAUGAUCCGCCACAAGCCCUUAAUUACCAUACCAGGACUGCCAGAGGGACAACUCCCAGUCAAAAUUUCAGGAGUGAAUGUUUCAGGACUUGGCCUAAAUUGGUUGCAAGCAAUUGUGGCUGGAAGUGAAGUCAGAUUUAUUCCAAUAGCGAAAGACCGCGAUUUUGUUCAAUGCGAAGUUUUGUUAUCCCAGAUUCAGAACAAUAAACCAAGAGUUGUUAAUGUUGGAGAAUCCCUUGUUAGAAUUGGAUUUGGGCAAAUAGUAGACGUUGACAAGCCUAUUUCCACUGAUCGUACUCUUUUGGCCUACUAUCACCGACUUCAAGGCGCCGAAAAAUACGCAAAACGCAAAAAAUUAGGACUCAAAUAUUACAUAAGUCCAACAAAGUCUGCUAUUGUUCUGGUAGCUAAGAGCUUAAACCGUAUGGUUCUUAAUACAUACAGACACAUUGUGCACAUACCGAAAAUGCCAGCCUCCUAGCAAUCAAGGAUAUACUUAGCAAUCGAAAUAAUAUUGACUAUUUUACCAUUUAUAGGCGUAUACAAAAUAAUAACUUACUUUUUCUAUAGAGACUUAUACAACUGACUGUAAUGGUGAAAUAGUAGUACUAUUUUGAUAGUAGAUCCCUCUGUCCUGUAUAUUUAUGCCAUAUUGUUUAUUGUUCGUUGUUACAUCUCUUGCAAUAAAAUUUAUUUUGUACUAA